AUUACCUUUCUUUCAAUUUCGCAUUUGUAAAGAUGCCAUAUCGCUUUUCCACGUUGUUUUUAUUAUUCUCGGAAACGUGCGUUGGUUGGAUUUUUUAUUAAUUUGUUAAUUUAUUGUAUUUUAUCUAUUAAAAAUCACAUAAAAUGUCUGACGACGAUAGUGACUAUAAUGUGGAAGAGUUCGUCAAGCCCGACAAAAUACGGAAACCUGUGAAUGAUGAUUCUGCUGACUUAUUGGGAAACUUUGAUGAUGUAAAGCGGAAAGAGAUUUUGGACGGAACAUAUGAAGAAAAGAAUCAAAGUGAUGAGGAAGGCGCAUCGGAAGCUGAUGAAGAUGACAGCAUGGAUGAAGAAAAUUCCGAUGAUAGCGAAGAUAAGGAAGACACAGACAUGCACAAUGGCGAAGGGAACCAACCCGAGGUAGAUGGCUUAGGUGCUCCACCCAAAACUGGUUAUGUUAAUCCAUUUGGCAAGAAAUCCAUUUCAAAAGAUCAACUGGCUCAACUGAUGAAAGGUGCUUCAAAGACAAACAGAUAUGUUCUCUACGUAACCAAUCUCAAUUUUGAAACCACAAAAAGCGAUUUGGAAGAACAUUUCAGUGAAGCUGGUACAGUGCGUUCUGUUCGCAUACCCAAAAAGAGAAGUUCGGGCUUUGCCUUUGUCGAAAUGAAUGAUAUCGAGUCGUUUGGCAAAGCUUUGGAACUGCACAAUACCGAAUUGCAAGGCCAAUGGAUAAAAGUACAAUUCUCCGAGGCAGGAAAGAAGAAAUCCGCCAAUAAGAAAAACAUUAUGAAACAGAAAAAUCGAAAGCUAGCUGAAAUGCGUAAUGAGAAUAAAUUGUUUACCAAAAGUGGUAAAUUCUACGAUAAGACGAGAAAGCCACUGGCCAACAAACGAAGACAGAAAAAAAUUUCUGCAGGUCCACCGAAAGCCAAAUAAUAAAUGCAAUUCUAAUUUAAGAAACAA